AUGAGCCAGAGUAUAACUGUUCCUGUGACUUUUAUACGUUCAUUCAAGUACCGUACAACGUGUUAUUUGCCUUUGUCGAACAUUCCUCAGUCGGCGACUGUAAAAGACCUGUUCGACCGCAUACAUCAUGAAGUAAAAACCUCUUCGGUUAUACCUCCUCCUUUCAAGAACCUUUGUUACGAUGCGCUGAAAGUUCGCCACAAAGCUUUUAACACAAAGUCUGGAGAACUGUUAAUUGAUUUAGAAGGUGAUCCUAUUCCGAGCAAUUCGGACUUAACUCUAGAAUCUCUUGGAAUAGUGAAUGAAACUGAAGUGGCAGUGUUCAAAAUGAGCGAUUUUCUGGCUCAACGCGAUAAUCCAGAAUUUCUGUGGUGA